UGGUGUGGGUAACAACCUGAGCUAAAACGAAACAAAACAGUCUAUUCAUAACUUUUUAAAAUUUGAAUUGAGGCUUGUCAUGUCUGUAUAAUAUUAUUUAAUGUUUUAUCUAUGGUAACAUUACCUAAUCUGUCAUCAUUAAGUUAACGUUAAUUUAAAAACGCGACAAAGACCACAUCGAGCGUUUCUGGAUUUAUGACCCAGUCACGUUAGAAUUAACGGCUAACGUAAACUGUUUCGUUCAAUAGUCCGGCUAACGUUAUUACUGGAUGGGCUGUCGUUAUUUUUCGUUUCCCCGCAAUUGAUUAAUAGGCUCCUAAUUCUUCGGAGAGUCUCGCAUCCUCUGCCGGGUGGUCUCGUAUGAACCGUGUCGAGGCAGCGACGAGGGGUCGGGGGCUCCGCCAGCCGAGCCGGGCUUCAGGAUGAAGAUGCCCAGAGGAGGACGCCUGUUCCUGGCGACGUGCCUCGGCUCGCUCUUCGUUCUUGUGCUUUACUUUCAGAGCAUCACCAAGCCAGAAUAUGGUGUGAAGACUGGCAGCAGACCAGGGAAAAUCAGGAGAAGUCCGCUGCAGACCCUCUACAAUGGAGACCAGCAGCUGGAUCUGUUGGCAGCUCAGAGGUCCCUCCAAGGCCGCAGGGAGCUGUUGGAGCAGGAGUGUCUGAGCCACACGAGGAAGCGCCGGGUGCUUUCGCCUGAGGAUCUCAAACACCUCAUUGUGGAUGAUAAACACAGCCUUAUUUACUGCUAUGUACCCAAGGUAGCCUGCACCAACUGGAAGCGUGUCCUCAUGGUCCUCACCAGUGACGGCCGUUACACCGACCCCCUUGCCAUCCCUGCCAACGAGGCGCACGUAGCCGGUAACCUCCGCACACUCUCCGAGUUCUCCGUCCCCGAGAUAAACCAGCGCCUUCGCAGCUACCUCAAGUUCAUCUUUGUGCGGGAGCCCUUCGAGCGCCUGGUGUCCGCCUACAGGAACAAGUUCACACGCCGCUACAACACGGCUUUCCACAAGCGCUACGGAACCAAGAUCAUCCGCCGGCACCGGCUCAACCCGGAGCCUGAAGCGCUGGAGAAAGGCAAUAACGUUUCUUUCCAAGAGUUUGUCCAGUAUCUUGUGGAUCCUCGGACCCAGCGAGAGGAACCUUUGAAUGAGCACUGGGAGCGGGUGCACUCCCUCUGCCACCCCUGUCUGAUCCACUACGAUGUGGUGGGGAAGUACGAGACUCUGGAGCCGGACGCUCAGGCUGUGCUCAGUUUGGCCGGAGUGGAGGGGACGCUUAAAUUUCCAACGUCUGGUAAAAGCACCAGAACUGAUGGCAACAUGGCAGCAAGCUUCUUUAAGAACAUCAAUCCAUUCUACCAGAAGAAACUGUUCAACCUGUAUCGAAUGGACUUCCUACUCUUCAACUACUCCACACCAGAGUAUCUCAGGACUCGAUGAGAGGCGGAGAGACAGCGACUGGCGUCAGUGCCGUGACUGGAUCGGUUUUGAUAUCUUUCCUUUCACAUCCCAUUCAUAUUUUUUCAGCAAUGACAAUUUUGCACUUUUCGGUUGCCACGGACGAUUUUCACCCCUGCGUCGGGUGGUCCAUCACAGGCACAGACUUGUCACUACUACUCUCAAGCAGAAACUGAAGGCUGUGGAGAAUGACUUGAUUUUCUGGUUUCAUGUGAAUGGAACUUUCUAAAUGGAACCAAAUUUCUUCCUGAGAAGGAAAAGACUGACAGUUCGUGCUGUAAUCUACCAAAAAUAUGUCACAUUUGUAGAUUUUCUGCCAAGUGUGAAAAGUUUUAAUCGGGAGGAACCUUUGAAUGUUUUGAUGUUUAGCAGAAUAGACAAAUUGUUUGCUUUAGGUUCACUUAGAAAUCAGUAUUUAUUUUUGCCAUUUCUCGCCUAGAAAUUUGUCAAAUUGAGCAAACCUUUCUUUGACUCCUUACAUGUGGUCGUCGAGUUGGUGUAACGUGCCUUACCAGCCUUCCUGCCGUGCCCACUACAAAAACAGAUUUCCCAUGGCUUUGGUUUUUUCUGAGCCAUAACUUAAAGUCACACUUGAGGAGCAGGUUCUCCUCUGGCGUGGGUAAACAGGUGAACAUGCUGACUGUGAAACUGAACGCAGCGGAUUAUUUCAAAGCACCUACAGCACAGUAUCUCUGGAAGGCCUUUAUUUAUGUAUGUCAGAGCAUAAAGUAUUUAUUGUGGAAGUGUGCGGAUUUGGCUCAUGAUGUUGUUAAGAUUAAUUUUAUAUGAAAGAAUAAGGGUUUCAACUUUAACUUGCAUGGAAAGUUACUUGCUGUUUUGGCUUUUGCACAUAUACUGAUGCCAAAUAGAAAUCUCUUCUGAGCAACUCUGUGCUUAUCAUAUCACACUUUUCUUUUUUUUUUUUUGUAACUUCUCUGAUCAGACCCGAGCUGAAAAGCUACAUCCAGGUCUUAUCUUGCUCGUCUCUGCACUCGUUGACUCCGUCUUUAAAUUUGUAUGCGAGAAUUAUUUCCAGGGAAACCUGCAGUCACUCCUCAGUUUCAGUAAAAGCUCAUUGCCAUCCCUCCUCUAUCGCUGUCUGUAUUUAGCUCUGGGCAGGUAGGCUGAACAAACAACCACAUAGCUGUGGUCGGGGCUGGGUGCAGCACCAGCACUACUGCCGCUCAGAGCUCCCCUUGUUAGGGUGACAGCAGGCACACGAGGGGUUAAUCCACCUCCAGUCAUCUCCACUGCACUGAACGGCCUUGUUCAGCAGUGUCAGUGAAUUUAAGCUAAAAGUACAGAGGUUAAUGUUGGAAACUGUUUAAUAAAUGACCUGAGCUGCAGAAGUGUCAGUUUUAACAAAUGGCUUCAUAGAGUUUGAAAUAUUUAAAGAGAAAUUCCAGUUUUUACACAUCAAAGUCUGUUAGCAGGUGUUGUGAGAAAAGUUAUAUAGAGCCUUUUGUCACUCAAUGCCACAUUAGCCGCUACCAGUAUAACAUAUCUGAGUCUCUGAUCGAAGUAUCAGUGGUUGAGUUGCAUUGUGGGUAAUGUAGGUGCCAAGGUUUGACUAGGAGGAAGAAUACGUAGAAUAAAAAAAAAAA